ACAUGCACACACACUGUGGAGAGAGGGAGAGUAUCGGCUCUCUGGAAGCCGUGCAGUGAAGCUCUGCCCGGGAGAGGAAGGAAGCUUUACUUUGCACCUGAGACACGGAGCGAAAGAUAAAUGAGGAACAAACUCAAACUCGCGUGCCUUUUCCUUUAAUAUGCUGCCAUGUGUGUUCAGGGGAAUUCACGUGGAGAGGAUAUCCAGAAUGGCUUCCAGGAUUAACCUCUGCUCUCGGUAGAACUACCAGAAGUUCACGUCCGUUUGCACAGCAUUUCACAGCCUGGGAAAUUCCAUAAUGUAAAUAUAUCUUGCUCCUUUUUUUCCCUCAUUCAACCUACGGCUUUGGGAGAUGAACCCUAGAGGAUCUACCGGGAGGGCUAUUUCCUUCAUUUGGAUUUAGAAUUAUCUUUGGCUGGGACUACGGUAGCGGUGGCUGGUUGUGGCGGCGGUGGUGGUGGGAGGACCUUACCACCUUGGAACACGGGAUUAACUUUACAAAAGCACGCGCCACCAUGAGGAUAUCCGCCCCCUCCUGUCUCUGUCCCUUUCUGGUCUGCCUCUGUUUCAUCCAGAGGUGCUAUGGGGCGAGCCACCACCUCCCCGCCAAAGUGCCCUCUUUCAGGAACGGGACCAAACUGGCCAACGGGGAGACGGAGGUGCAUCACAGGCCGAAGCGCGGCUGGAUCUGGAACCAGUUCUUUGUUUUAGAAGAACACCUGGGAACAGAAGCACAGUAUGUCGGAAAGCUUCACUCUAACUCGGAUAAAGGCGAUGGAUCCGUCAGGUACAUUCUGAGCGGGGAUGGAGCUGGGAAUAUAUUUGUUAUCGACGAAGUGACGGGGGAUAUUUCCGCCACCAAAAGCUUGGAUCGAGAAAGUAAAUCACAUUAUGUCCUGCAUGCACAAGCCUUGGACCGCAACACCGAGGAGGCGCUGGAACCAAAGUCGGAAUUCAUCAUCAAAGUACAAGACAUCAAUGACAAUGCACCAACAUUUCCAGAUGGACCCGUUGUGGCUACGGUGCCGGAGAUGUCUGAAUUGGGCACUUCGGUGUUGCAAGUAACUGCGUCUGAUGCUGACGAUCCCACCUACGGAAACAGUGCCAGAAUAGUCUACAGUGUUCUACAAGGACAGCCAUAUUUCUCCAUCGACCCCAAGACAGGGAUCAUCAGGACGGCCUUAUCUGAGAUGGACCGGGAAGCCAGAGAACACUACACCGUCGUUAUCCAAGCCAAAGACAUGGCGGGCCAGGUGGGGGGGCUCUCCGGCUCCACCACCAUCAACAUCACACUGACGGAUGUGAACGACAACCCACCAAUGUUCCCCCAAAAAAAUUACCAGCUGUACGUCCCUGAAUCGGCUCAAGUAGGAAAACCGGUGGGUAAGAUCAAAGCCACUGAUGAGGACCUUGGCGUCAAUGCAGACAUCAAGUACAGCAUCAUUAACUCCGAAGGGGCCAACACGUUCUCCAUCUCCACGGAGAGGGACACGAGAGAGGGGAUCAUAAGCCUCAAAAAGUUUGGUAAUAACUCGCUCAGCUCAGAGGAAUGCGGGGCCUGCAAUGGCAGCUCAGAUCAUCAGAUCAAAGGUUCCUGUUUCAUCAGAACGGAUCAGCUGGACGGAGAAACGGACUGGAAGCUGAAGGUCGCCGUGUGCUGCACGCAGCGGCUCCCAGCAGUGGGGGAUCUCUUCUCCAUCAGCGCCUAUGUCUACGCCCAGAAGCCUCAGCUGGACAUCCACAGCUUCGAGGGGAACUUCACAAGGGAAGAUGCUGACCCUCAGAUCCACGAGAGUCUGAGCAUUGAAAACACUCUGUGGGCCAGCACAGUCGUCGCAUCUGGCACGGUGAUAGGGGUGGUGAUCUACACAGGCAAAGAGACCAGAAGCGUACUGAACACAUCCUCUGCCAAGAACAAGGUGGGCUUACUGGACCUUGAGCUGAACCGCCUCACCAAGGCUCUGUUCCUGGCCCAGGUGGUCCUGUCUGUUGUCAUGGUAGCAGUGCAGGGAUUUGUGGGUCCUUGGUUUCGCAACCUUUUCCGAUUUGUCGUGCUUUUCUCUUACAUCAUCCCUAUCAGUUUGCGUGUAAAUCUGGACAUGGGGAAGUCGGCUUACGGCUGGAUGAUCAUGAAAGACGAAAACAUCCCAGGCACUGUAGUGAGAACCAGCACCAUCCCAGAAGAACUGGGCCGGCUGGUCUAUCUGCUGACAGACAAGACAGGCACAUUGACUCAGAACGAAAUGGUCUUCAAGCGGCUGCACCUGGGAACAGUAUCCUACGGCACGGACACCAUGGACGAGAUACAGAGCCACAUAGCUCAGUCAUAUGCACAGCCGCCCUCCCAGCCCUCCAAUGGAAACACCAGCGGCACCACUCCAGCACGGAAAACCCAAAGCUCGGGCCCGAAGGUCCGCAAGAGCGUCAGAAGUCGCAUCCACGAGGCUGUGAAGGCCAUCGCCCUGUGCCACAACGUCACACCGGUCUAUGAGUCCCAUGCCGCCGUGAACGGAGAGACGGAGUCUGCUGAGGCCGACCAGGACUUCAGUGAUGACAACCGAGCCUACCAGGCCUCCAGCCCUGAUGAGGGUCCUAAUCCUCAGGCCUCGGCGCACAUUAGCAUGAUCCACAGAGUGCGCCAGCAGACAGGGGGAGAGAGUCUGGAGACGGAGGCUGUGUAUGUGGCUGGACUAGCUGUGCUGUGUUUACAUGCAGCCUUGUUCUGUACGGGCAUGCAGGGGAAAUAA